CGCUUUACCACAACCGAAUCAUUAAGGGAGUGAAAGAACGUUAGUCACGUAUCUGCAUUCGUCGAAAUUUUGAGAGUACACGCUCCUUAAAUCACAAAACUCGUCUCGUCGCAUUUACCGCACCCGAAACAAAAUGUCUGGAGGAAAGUCUGGAGGCAAAGCUGCUGUUCCCAAAUCGGCACAAUCCCGUUCCGCCAAGGCCGGUUUGGCCUUCCCCGUCGGUCGUGUCCAUCGUCUGCUCCGUAAGGGAAACUAUGCUCAACGUGUUGGUGCCGGUGCUCCCGUCUACCUGGCUGCCGUUCUUGAGUACUUGGCUGCUGAAAUUCUCGAGUUGGCCGGAAACGCCGCUCGUGACAACAAGAAGACGCGUAUUAUUCCCCGUCACUUGCAAUUGGCCAUUCGUAACGAUGAGGAGCUGAACAAGCUUUUGGGUAACGUUACAAUCGCCCAAGGUGGUGUCGUUCCCAAUAUCCACAAUCAUCUGUUGCCCAAAACUUCAGGACACAUGUCCAAACCCAGCCAAGAGCUGUAGGCUCUUAAAAAGCGGAUUUGCCCAACGCCCGGCUUUUGAGCUGUGCUCGCUGGUCGUUUUUGGCUGUCUAAUCUGGUGUGAUUGUUAAACAAUCCCCACUGCUAGUCGCGAUUUUUGUUUUGUAUGUAUAGUAAUGAACCUAGUUAACAGCA